GCUUCCAUGUAGGCUUCGAAGAGACGAUAAUAAGGUUCUUUCUUAGUAAGUAGCCCAAGAGCUACUGUGUUAAAGCUGUGAUUUAACUGAUUGUAAUGCUAUAUUUUUACACGAUACUCGAGUAAUUGCUUAACGAAGGAGGAAGUAGAUAAUGAUAGUCACAUAUUCACGUUUGCUCCCGUGAAUUCAUUUUGAUUCUUAAACAACAGUGCAGUGAAUAGUUUUAUAUGUGAAAGGUCAGUUGAAGCUAUCUAUAAACGUUCAGUGUUUCUGAGCAGCUGGUGACGGAUUAUUGACGUCAUGUUCCCCGCCAAACCUCAUGAUGCAGGACCAUGGCAACCAUGAACUGGGUAGGCUAUACUAGUUUGUGAUUGGUCAACUCCAUUCGCUAUUUCUUCUCAUUAUCAUAUCGUAGCUGAUUCCUUUCGGGAGACCGGGAGUCUUUUUACUGUGUCGUUCCCUCUGGUGGAGAAAAGAAAAAAUUAGUACGUACCCAGAGGAUAACUGUGGACCUGAUUUUGUGUGUGUGUGUGUGAGGGACUGUGUGGCAGGGGACGGCGGCCAGUGGUGACUUAAGCCAGUGUUCAAUAGGUGUCACCGAACUGAGCAGUGUGUGAGGGGAACCACGGACUGCUGCCGCCGCCAUGGGGUGUGCUAUGAGCGCCGAAGAGCGGGCGGCAAUGGCCCGUAGUAGACAAAUUGAGAAAAAUCUGAAGGAGGAUGGAAUACAAGCUGCCAAGGAUAUAAAACUAUUACUCUUAGGUGCCGGAGAAUCGGGAAAAAGCACCAUUGUUAAACAAAUGAAAAUUAUUCACGACAGUGGCUUUACGCAGGAAGACUUUCGACAAUAUAAACCUGUUGUCUAUAGUAACACGAUCCAGUCGAUUGUAGCCAUACUUCGUGCCAUGCCUAAUCUUGGAAUAAGCUUCCGGAACAACGAGAGAGAGGCUGAUGCAAAAUUAGUUUUCGACGUAGUUGCCCGUAUGGAAGAUACAGAACCAUUUUCUGACGAGCUGCUUAGCGCUAUGAAGAGGUUAUGGACAGACACAGGAGUGCAAGAAUGCUUCUCUCGUUCAAAUGAAUACCAGCUAAAUGAUAGCGCCAAAUAUUUUCUGGACGACCUAGAACGACUCGGUAAAAAAGAUUAUAUGCCUACAGAACAAGACAUCCUGCGAACGAGAGUUAAGACUACGGGCAUCGUAGAAGUUCAUUUCUCAUUUAAAAAUUUAAACUUCAAGUUAUUUGACGUAGGAGGUCAAAGGUCAGAACGAAAGAAAUGGAUUCAUUGCUUUGAAGAUGUAACGGCUAUUAUAUUUUGUGUUGCUAUGAGUGAGUAUGAUCAAGUGCUUCACGAGGAUGAGACUACAAACCGUAUGCAAGAGAGCUUGAAGCUUUUUGACUCCAUCUGUAACAACAAGUGGUUUACAGACACCUCAAUUAUUCUCUUCCUCAACAAAAAGGAUCUCUUUGAAGAGAAGAUAAAGAAAUCUCCUCUCACCAUCUGCUUUCCAGAGUACACAGGGGCACAAGAAUAUGGAGAGGCAGCGGCCUACAUUCAAGCACAGUUUGAAGCGAAAAACAAGUCCACAACUAAAGAGAUAUACUGCCACAUGACUUGUGCCACGGACACAACAAACAUCCAGUUUGUGUUUGAUGCUGUAACGGACGUGAUUAUAGCAAACAACCUGCGAGGUUGUGGGUUGUAUUAAAAUGUAGUGUGGCUGGCUGCGUUGAAAUUGAUAUCAACUGGACGAGAAACAAGCUUCCGACCGAGCAGUCGCAGAUUUCGUCUGUUUACUGUCUUGUUGCUGGGUUCGAGAGUUCCUUACCCUGGGAAUCACGUUUGGUUUCACUCUGUAUAACACUUGUGUCGUCACCUUCUGUUUCAAUGUAUUCUCUCCUGUAAUUUUUUCUUGUUGGUUUGUACAGUGCAUGUUAUAUGAUUUUGCUGGUGAUUGAUGCUUAUACAAAAGAGAAAAACGUGAAAAUUGUGAUGGUUGUGCGAAUUAGAUAUUAUUGCAUUGUAGAGGCUUCUAUAAUUUUAAUUUCAUUGAUAUAAUGCAAAAGACUGAGAAACAAAAAGAUAACACUUCAGACAUAGAGCCCCAAGUGUGAAGUGCAUCUUUUUGUACGUUAUUAAAGCUAACAUGUGAAUAUGUCAUACUGGUAGUAACAUUUAUUCUAAGGUGUUUACAGCCACAUAAUGCCAUGUGCUUUACGUUUAUUUGGUACUAUGAGGCCACCUUGGUCUUGCACUAAAAUGAAGAGUAGAGACUGAGUACCCCGGUGGUCACUUUUGGGUUUUACAGAACUCAAGUCUGUUUAGAAUCAAAAAAGAGAAAGAGAAGUACGGGCCUGCAGAUAUUCAAAAUGAUGUCACAAAUUUAACACAUAAGCCGCUGGUCCACGGCUUUGAUGUAAUUAGACACGUUAAACAUUAGUUAGAAUAAAUAAAAACAUGGGAAGAACGGAAAUUUUUUGUCCGUAAAUAAUUAGUCACAACAAGAAUAAGAUGUUUUUAUAUAUACAUCAGUUUUGAGUAAUAUAAGUGAAUAUGUUUGGAUGUGACCAUUUUUUUUUAAUGUCUAAUGCUUAUUUCCCUCGCACACAUACAUACACACACAAACACACCACCGAUUUUAAUUUCUGUGGUAUAGCAACUUAGCUCGUCCCAUACACUUCUCGUGGUUCGUGACAUUUAGCUUGACAAAAUUUAAUUUAUUUUCUUUCGGUUUUAACUCGGGGAACCUUAAUUAAUACUGUAAUUUGAGUUAACUUAAUUACACCCUGGCAACACGUUUCAAUAAUCGUAAUCCGUGUACACCCGAAAGAUGCAAGUCUUUGGGAUGAAAGGAAUGUUCUGGGACCACGGCUCUUGUGGCAACAAACUGACUAUCAUUUAAAGCAAACAUGGCCACACAGUAGCCUUUAGAUUCUUCUCGCUCACUUUUUUGUUUUCCUUUUGGGUAUGCAGUAUCUGCAAUUUAUCGAAUAGAAUUUUCACAUUUAAGGCGUACUAAAGUUCCACUGCUGAAAAUUGUUUCGUGUUCUCGAAAAAAAAUACAUUUAUACAUUCGCUUAACCGACGUCUUAAGUGAAAGCACUACAGGUUGGUGUUAAUGUUUUUCUUCCUUUUUAAUGCCACAAUAGCCAUGCUCUUUAAGUCAAACAUUCAUUCUCAUUGUUGACGUAAAACCUUAUAUACAAAGAUGUGUGUGUGUUAAAAAAGCGUUGAUCUUGUUCUGUCUAUAUAGGUUGCAUCUAACAAUAUGUUGAAUUGGGGAACUUAAGUAGCCACAAGCUUAGGUUUCUGAAUAAAAUCAUACUAAUAAACCAUCGUGACGAAAUACAGUAGUCCUCUAUAGUCACGGCUGGUUGAAACUUCUCACUGUCUUUAGCUAACAUUUGUUGCACUUAAGCACAGAAUGUUGUGUCUACAGUUCGCUUCUUUGUUUCGUGGUCGACAGCUGACAUUAAAUCCCAGCUGGUGCUCUCUACCAUGUCGCGACCAGAUCUAACUUAUAUAUUUAGCUGUUAUGACCACGUUUCCUUAAUCGCAUUUAUCUCUAUCCAUUUAGGUCUGUGAUUUUUAGCUAAAGCUAAUUUCCAUAUACAUGAAUUCAUCCGUUUUUGUUCAGACCUAAACGUUUGUGUACGAGCAAAAUUUUAGGUGUUUUGUGAAUAGCAUUUCCCACUUGUAACAAAAAGGCAAAGCUUGAUGCCAACGUAGGAGUAAGCGGCAAAAAGCUUUGCCUUACAUUAUCUUUACUGUUAAUUAAAAGUUUCUAAUCCA